AUGAUGCCCCACACUUUGAGUGCCCUCCUGCUGCUGGCAGGGCUUGGUGCCUUGGCUCAGGAUUACUAUGGCGACAGACAGGGUGUCAAGAGGACCAGGGGCAGAUACCUGACUGGAAACACUGUGCAGACCCUCCCAGCUGGACAAGUGUCCUCAGGAGGAGCCAUCGUGGAUGAGGACUGCAGCGUAGAGCUAGCCUUCCUGUUGGACAGCUCUGAGAGCGCCAAAGAGAACCACGAAAAGGAGAAGCGCUUCGCCAUCGACGUGGCCGAGAGGCUGCCCAGCAUCAGGCUGCGCUCGGGCCGCAGGGUCAGCGGCAAGGUGGCCCUGCUCCAGUACAGCAGCCACGUGCUCAUCGAGCAGACCUUCAACCAAUGGCGCGGCUUUGAGAACUUCCGCACACGCGUUCAACCCAUCAUCUACAUCGGCCACGGCACCUACACCACCUACGCCAUCACCAACAUGACCAAGAUGUUCGAGGCCGAGUCCGGCCCCGCCGCCACCAAAAUCGCCAUCCUGCUCACCGACGGUGUCUCACACCCGCGCAAUCCGGACAUCUUCUCGGCCACGGCCGACGCCAAGAACCAGGGCAUCAAGUUCUUCAUGGUGGGCAUCACAGGCACGGCCAACGAGCCCACCAACGUGGCCCAGCUACGCCUCCUGGCAAGCUCGCCAGCUUCCCGCUACCUUCACAACCUGCAGGACAUCGACCUCAUCGAGAAGGUCCUCACAGAGAUUGCUGAUUUGGCUGAAGAGGGGUGUCCCGUGGCCCAGAGAUGUUCUUGUGAGAAGGGAGAGAGGGGACCUGGUGGUCCUGCGGGCAAGAAAGGUCGUCCAGGUGAUGACGGCGCUCCCGGACUCAAAGGACAAAAGGGUGAGGGUGGCAUUUCAGGACUUCCUGGUCGAGAUGGGUCUGAGGGAAAACCCGGCUAUAAAGGAGAGAAGGGAGAGCGGGGUGAAUGUGGCACCCCUGGAAUCAAAGGAGACAGAGGACCUGAGGGGCCUGUUGGCACAAGAGGAUCCCGGGGACUACAGGGUUUACCAGGGCCACAGGGGGACCUCGGACCUGAGGGCACACAGGGCAGGAAGGGUGAGAGAGGCCCAGCCGGCCCGCCAGGAAUUCAGGGUGAGAUUGGAAUCGGACUUCCUGGACCAAAGGGGGACCAAGGUGCCCACGGCAGGCCAGGACCUCCUGGUAUUCAGGGGAUAGGUGAAUCAGGCCCACCGGGGCCUCAAGGGCCACAGGGGGUACAAGGAGAAAAAGGACCUCAGGGAGAAGGCGUCCCAGGACCAAAGGGCGACCGUGGACUGGACGGGCCGAGGGGGCCCCGUGGGCAGUCAGGCAUUGGAAUCAAAGGAGAAAAGGGGGAGCUGGGACCAUCUGGUUUACCCGGGCCUCUUGGACUUACUGGAGUUGGCAUUCAAGGAGAGAAGGGUGUGGAGGGCCCCAGGGGACCACCAGGCCCGAGAGGACCACAGGGCGAAGGCAUGCCUGGACCCAAGGGUGACCAGGGUCUACCUGGUGAGUUUGGAGCACCUGGCGAGAGAGGGGCUGGUGAACCAGGAGCAAAGGGUGAGCCAGGUGCGUCCGGGUUAGGAGGAUUGCCUGGCCUUCCUGGAGAAGAUGGGGCACCGGGACAAAAGGGCGAGCCUGGACUUCCUGGUCUUAGAGGCCUUGAGGGAUUGGCGGGAAUUGGCACUCAAGGAGAAAAGGGAGACCAGGGGCAGCGUGGCAUCCGAGGAUUGCCUGGACCACCCGGGGUUAGCGGCCCCUCUGGACCAAAGGGAGAGCCUGGUGUUCCUGGAAGACUCGGGAUGCCGGGGAUGCCAGGGCGUGCCAUUGCAGGGGCUAAGGGUGACGUGGGGCCACAAGGGCCUCCCGGGCACGUAGGCGAGACUGGAUACGGAUUACCAGGUCCAAAGGGUGACCGUGGUGGUCCUGGCCCUGCUGGUCCAUUUGGUCCCAAAGGAGAGGGCUUCCCUGGACCAAUGGGUCCUCCAGGUCUUCCUGGCCUUCCGGGAGAGCCAGGACCCGAGGGCAUUGGCUUUCAGGGACCUAAGGGAGACGUUGGUUUCAGAGGUCUGCCAGGUCUCCCCGGCCCCCCAGGGGAGGGACUUCCCGGCCCGCAGGGUAAUGUCGGACGCCCCGGACCCGCAGGGCCCACCGGACCCCCAGGGGAAGGACUGCAAGGAUCCAAGGGUGACCAGGGAACGCAGGGAGUGACUGGGCCAAGGGGGCCGCCAGGAGAAGGUUUCCCAGGACCCAAGGGUGACCGUGGAUUGCAAGGGGAGAGGGGCAGCAAAGGUGUCAAGGGAGACAUGGGAGACGCCGGGGUCCCUGGCGAGUCUGGACGACCAGGAAUUAAAGGAGAAGCUGGACUCACUAGAGAAGAUAUCAUAAAGCUGAUAAAGGAGAUCUGUGGGUGUGGCAUCAAGUGCAAAGAGAGGCCCAUGGAGCUGGUGUUCGUGAUCGACAGCUCCGAGAGCGUCGGCCCGGAGAACUUUGAGAUCAUCAAAGACUUUGUCACGGCCCUGGUGGACCGCGUGACGGUGGGCCGCAACGCCACGCGCAUCGGCAUGGUGCUCUACAGCCUGGACGUCAGCCUGGAGUUCAACCUGGCCCGCUACAUGACCAAGACGGACGUCAAGCAGGCCGUCCGCAAGAUGCGCUACAUGGGCGAGGGCACCUACAGUGGCACCGCCAUCCGCAAGGCCACCCAGGAGGCCUUCUACAGCGCCCGCAACGGAGUCAGGAAGGUGGCCAUUGUCAUCACCGACGGGCAGACCGACAAGAGGGAGCCGGUGAAGCUGGACAUGGCCGUGAGGGAGGCGCACGCCGCCAACAUCGAGAUGUACGCGCUUGGUAUCGUGAACAGCACCGACCCGACUCAGGCCGAGUUUCUGAGGGAGCUCAAUCUGAUUGCCUCUGACCCGGACAGCGAGCACAUGUACCUUAUUGAUGACUUCAACACUUUGCCAGCCCUGGAAUCCAAGCUUGUAAGCCAGUUCUGUGAAGAUGAGAAUGGUGCCCUUAUCUACAACCGCCUCACAAACGGCUACGGGAACGGCAAUGGUCACAGUGCUGGCUACGGGAACGGCAAUGGUCAUGGUGCAGGCUACGGGAACGGCAAUGGCAACAGCAAUGGCCAUGGCGCUGUUGACAACGGACAAAAUGGGUACAAUAUAUUUGGAAACAAUGGCUACGGGACCAGCCAUCAUUACGAGGCUGAAUCUGUGCCGGAGAGGACCCCCGUCAUCACCCCUGAGGGCUACGGUGGCAGAGGCAGAGGGGACACCUUCACCCUCCCCAUCAACUCUGGACCAUCCCCCAACAAGGACCACAUAGAGGAAGAGGAAGACUAUUAUGAUGGAGAAGAUCUGGACCUAGCUCGACACAGCAGCACCAUCGCCAUUGUAAACAAGACACUGCAGCCAUCGCAGCCCGUCACGUCGGAGAGGGACGAUGCCCUCUCAAGGGUGUCCACCUCAUCAUCUUCAGCGUCCACUGGAAUCACAGGCUCUUCUACCGCAUACGUUCAACCCGAGGUCCCUCCAGUUGUGGUUGAAACAGCGAAAUUCAACUUCGAUCCACGCUGUGAGCUGGCUCUGAGCCAGGGCACCUGCAGAGAGUAUGUCAUCCGCUGGUAUUACGACAAGCAGGCCAACUCCUGCGCACAGUUCUGGUAUGGCGGCUGUGAUGGCAAUGAAAACCGCUUUGAGACGGAAGCUGAGUGUAAGAGCCUAUGUGUCUCUGGACCCAGAGCGGGCUGAAAUAUGAAGAUGGGAGGGAUUGAGUCUAUCAGUCAGUAAAGUCCUUCUCUUCAACAAUGGAAAGGAAGAAUGGAAGAGUGGAAGAUAUUUGUGUGGCAGCACUGUUUUAUAUUUGAUAAGUUAGAGAUUGAUAUACCUAUGCACUCUGUGAAAUGACCAGGACCUCACAAUGUAUCACCAUCAUAAUAAUCAUCAUCAUCAUAUUGUCAUAGAAAGGCACUAUGUCCUGUCCUGUAUGACUCCUUUUUAGAUGUUGUGACUUGUGUUUAGUCGUUUAUUUCAAUCAUCUACCAAACAGACUCAUGCUGGUUUUCAAACUUCGCCUUCAGCUAUGAAGUGGACAGUCAAAACAUUGCGGUGUCAUGACGUGCUGCCAGAGACGUUGCUGACCAGAUUCUAUAAUUACCUCCAGGGGUGCAUUUCUCGAAACCAAAGUUGCUUACUACAUUAGCUACUUUGUUGUUUUCAAUGCAUUUUCCCAUUGGCAACUACCGAAGUUGCUAACAGGCUAACAACUUCUCUUUUGAGAAAUGCACCCCUGAUCAGCACCAUAUGCAACUGCAGACACAUCAGAGCUCAUUCAUUCACGCUUUGUCUGACGGUCAGAACUUGGUCAAAUCUACCCUAGGCUACAAUUAAUCACUGAUCAGAAAUAAAUACUUAGUAUUUAUUGUGUUCUCUUUUAUUUUCGAUUGUCUAAGAACCAUGUUUUUAAACAGGGUCUGUGUCGACGCACAGUCUUCAAAAUGUCCUCAAGUGUAACCUCAUACCUUUGCUCUGACCAAUGGUUUUGCCUCUGGGCAACUGUUCAGGUUUUACCUUAUUUUAAUUCAAAGCUUGACUGAAUACUGUGACAUUGUAAACCUUUGCAGGAAUUUACGUUUUUUUUAAAUGGCUAAAAUCUACAAUAAACGUUGGAUGUUUUCAACUGCUGAAAAUGUAGCUAACAAUGUUAGAGUAUUAAACAAUGGUAAUUUUUUGUAGGCAAUAUUUUGAGAAGAAGAGCUACAUUAACUGUGUGAUGUCUCAUGUAUGAGUGCAGAUACAAAGCACCUAUAUCACUAUGCAGUGGUUGUGAAUUUCCAACAUGCCAAACUAUUUACAGUAGCUAUUGAAACUGUAUAUGAACUUUUAAGACAUUGUAUGAAAUACAUGUUUUGAAUGAAGAAUAAUCUGAAUCCUCAGAUAAUCUAUUGAUGCAAGAAAACCUGUGAGCGUUUAUCCU